UCUUCUCAUUUUCACGCAGCCUCCAUUUUCUCUCUCUAAACCCACCAACUUAUUCAACAAGUAAAUCCCAUCACCAUAUUGUAUAUUUUCAACAUAUUCUCUUUUUAAAUCCAUAAAUAAAAAUUCCGAAUUUUUUUUUUUGGGAAAUCAUUUGUAAGACCUUAAACCCAAUAAUAAUAAUAAUAAUAAUAAUAAUAAUAGUAAUAAUAAUAAUAAUAAUAAUAAUAAUUCCUUUCUUUAACCCCUUUUUGGCUUUUUACAAAAAAUUCAUCUUAAUUAAUUAAGUUACAUUAAGAGUAUUAUUUCUUGAUUAAUUUGGAUAAUUUUUUGUUACAAAUUGAGCAUAAAUAAAAUCAAAAAAUUAUGAGAUGACAUGGUGUAACCUUAAUAUAUUCAAAAAUAACCCAAUGAAUAUUAAUAGUACAAAUACCUCUAAUAGUACUAGACUUGGAGGAACCUAUUCAAAAAUAAACCUUAUGCAUACUCAUAUUUGCCCAUCUUGUGGUCAUCAUAUGUCUGUUUCUGACCAGGGAAGUGGUAUAAAUUAUUUACCUGGAUUACCAGCAGGAGUGAAAUUUGAUCCAACAGACUCAGAAAUUUUGGAACAUUUAGAGGCAAAAGUCAAGUCAGAUUUCAGUAAAUUACAUCCUUUGCUUCAUGAUUUUAUACCCACUAUCGAAGGUGAAAAUGGAAUUUGUUAUACUCAUCCUCAUAAAUUACCAGGUGUGACAAAAGAUGGAGUGAUGCGACAUUUCUUCCACUGUCCAUCAAAGGCAUACACAACAGGAACGAGAAAGCGAAGGAAAGUUCAUACUGAUCAAGAAGAUGGAGGAGAGACCCGAUGGCAUAAAACGGGCAAAACUCGACCCAUUUUAGUCAAUGGUGUGAUAAAGGGAUUCAAGAAGAUAUUAGUGUUGUACACUAACUAUGGAAGACAGAAAAAACCCGAAAAAACAAAUUGGGUAAUGCAUCAAUAUCAUCUAGGUCAAAAUGAAGAAGAAAAAGAGGGUGAAUUUGUGCUUUCAAAAGUUUUCUACCAAACACAGCCUAGACAAUGUGGUACUAACUUUAAAGAAGUAUCCCAAGAUAUUGAGCACCCUCCACCUCCUAUAGUUAAGGCCCCCCUUAACUAUUACCACCCUACUUUUAUUUCUUAUGAUGAUGAUGAUCAUCAUCAUAAUUAUCAGCAUAGUGUAAUUGGGGUACAAAAUAGAGAAAGCCCACCUCAUUUGAACCCUAAUUUGGUACUACAAGCUGAUCAUGUAUCAUCUUUAUUUUUGGCGCCUCCUUCUCGAAAAUCUUGAAGAUUCAACCGACUAUUUUAAUAUACAGCUCUUCAACUAAUGGAAGAGAAGACAAGCAACUUGUAGCAAGUUAUAAAAAACGUACAGAAAAUUAUACGUUUUUCUUUGUGGGACUAGAAGGGAUGAUAUGGGAUUAAUUCGUGAAAUUGUAUAGGACUGAUACUUAAAAGUGUAACAAAUUAAUUGGAACAUCAUCUACAAAUUGAAAUUAUUAUAGCAACAACAUGAGAGAAUUGUUUUGUGUUUUAUUCUAUAGCAAAUUGAAAUUAAAGUUUUAUAUUCUGUACUUUAAAGUCUGAACAUGAUAUGAGGCUGGACGAAAAUUUUCCGUAUUAACA